CUUGUGAAAUUGAUCAACCAUUUAAACUUAUUUACAUUUCUGAGUAUGUUUUUUUUUUCUAUGUCUGUAGUUCUUACGAAGUCCUGUUACAUCAGCUUUUUUAGUUGUUUCUUUACGUCUAUUUAAUAGGACUCAAAACUGAAAUGAAGAACCAGUCAAGAGAAAUAGAGUUCAUUCUCCUAGGACUGACUGAUGACCCACAGUUACAAACUGUGAUUUUUAUAUUUCUCUUUCUAAACUAUAUGUUGAGUGUGAUGGGGAACUUAUCCAUCAUCCUUCUUAUCUUGCUGGAUCCCCGCCUCAAGACUCCCAUGUAUUUUUUCCUCCAAAACUUGUCCUUCUUGGAAGUUUCAUUAACCACAGUCUGCAUUCCCAGAUUCUUAAUAAGCAUCAUAACUAAAAACAAAAUAAUUACCUACAAUGGUUGUGCAUCUCAGUUAUUCUUCUUUUUCUUAUUAGGUGUUACAGAAUUUUACCUGCUAGCUGCCAUGUCUUUUGAUCAAUAUGUAGCAAUCUGCAAACCCCUACAUUACCCAAUCAUUAUGAGCAAAAAAGUGUGCUAUCAACUUGUACUCAGUUCAUGGGCAGCUGGCUUUCUGAUUACCUUUCCACCACUGGUCUUGGGAUUGAAACUGGAAUUCUGUGCUUCCAAAGUAAUUGAUCAUUUCAUAUGUGACACUUCCCCUGUGCUGCAGAUUUCUUGCACAGACACUCAUAUCAUUGAAUUGAUUUCAUUUGCCUCAGCUGCUAUAACACUCAUGGUCACGUUGCUGUCAGUGAUUUUUUCCUACACAUAUAUUAUCAAGACCAUUCUAAAAAUUCCCUCUGCUCAAAAAAGGUCAAAGGCUUUCUCCACUUGUUCUUCUCACAUGAUUGUAGUCUCCCUUACUUAUGGCAGCUGUAUCUUUAUUUACGUGAAGCCAUCAGCAAAGGAAAGGGUGACUUUAUCCAAAGGAGUAGCUGUUAUCUAUACCUCAGUUGCCCCUUUAUUAAAUCCCUUCAUUUACACUCUAAGGAACCAGCAAGUGAAACAAGCCUUCAAGGAUACAGUCCAAAAGAUCUCCGUUCUGUUUCAGUAAGAUUUAUUAUUAUAAAACCUUGGAGAAAAUAUAAAUGAAAAGUUGUUAUUCAUUCUUUAGUUUCCUUAAUCUGUCCUUCAAUUACUCAGUCUUAUAAAAUUUUAACUAAGUCUUUCAGCACAAUACACCUUUUCUUUCUAUUGAUGUUUAUAAUUAGUAUUCUUUACUUUUU